AUGGCUGCAGCAGGUAACAUCGCAAUCCUGAAACCCCUCCCCAGCGGGCCAUCUGCUCCUCAAAGCCAUGAGCCCACUCGACAUCUCGACAUCCGUGGCAUUCGCCGCUCUCCACGGCGCCCUCUGCACACCAGACGCCAGUUCCUGGGUCGAGCCCGCCACGCGUUGCCGCCAUGUAUUGAACAAAGGCAGGCGGUGCAAAAGCCCUGCUACGGAAAGCAGAACAAAAUCGACGAUGCGAUCGCCGAGCUGGCCAAGUUGAGUCGGGUGGACUACACCCACAGAUUUUACGGCCCGGUCGCGAGACUUAUCGAGCUCCUUCAUUGCCACCUACAUUACCGCGGCGCACUCAAGCACUUGGAAACGUGGUGGGAUAAUAAGUUGGGAGAGGCUCGGGAGGCGGAAACUUCAAACAUGCUAGCAAGCCAGGCGCUUAGCCAAACAUACUCUUCCGGCACUCUACUGAUAUCGCCAGACAGCCCUUCUGAUCCGGAAGACAUGGGCUACGUGGAUGACGGUAUCCUCGACUACGAUGCGAAGAGCAAUAGCUUUGGUGGGCUGGAGAAUUAUAACCAAGAUGGCGAGCUGUUAGAACUUCCCAUAGCACGGCUCUCGACACCAACACCCAUGACGCCUCGACAGCUCCAGUAUCGUGUCAAGUUUGUGAGGUGCAAGGGAUGCGGGAAACGCCCCAAAGAGCAUCAGGAGUGGUUCUACGUUGACUGCCAACAAUUGGUCUCCAGGGUCAAGGCUUGGGAAGAAUUUGUCCAGUCAGGGAUAUAUGCAAAAGGCGAAAUCAGCCAGUUCGGAAUUAAACUUCUUCACGACGUUACCGAUGUUGGCAGGAUGUUGGAGCGUGCCGACCAACUUCCUGCCGCGGUUGCCCCACACCCUCCGCUCUCACUCGCUGCCAUCUCUCAGCAAAAUACCAUCAUGGUAGGAACGUUAGCAGUGGUACGCAGGCCAAGGGAAGACAGCCGCCGAGUCCAUGGCCCCAAGGUUCCUGGCGAACGUGGUGCCGGCGCAGCUACGAACCAGCCGAAGACCAAGGCCACUCUCGUCAGGAGGUCCAUCGACAUCAUCGAGACAAGAUCCGGUAGGCUUGUGACUGAUCAAAUUGCUUUGAUCUCCAAGGAUGAGAACAAAACGUCCGUCAUCAUCAGCGAGGAGCGGACGCUGGGGAGACGGGAUACCCUCCCCAGGGAUUUCAUCACCUCUGGCGCCACGCCUGCUCUGGCGAGGAAAGAUGGCAAUACAAAACUGAAGACGGCGCUAAAGGCCGUUGUGAAUUCGGUGAAGGGUAAAAGGGCGGCACUAUCUAAUGAGCCUGCGGAGGAGUCAAGCGCUGAUGAUAUUUCCAUCACUCUACGAGGUCGUGCCUUGGCCGAAGAAACGACCAUCAGGAUUUCGCCUAAACGACUCCUGCACGCAAUCCUGCGGGCGAACGAGGAAGAAAGAUGA